AUGCUUGCGCAUGCUGUGCUGAGCAUCGCCGCCUCCAAAGCCUUCGAAAUCGGCUCUAGAUUCGUUGGUUGCGAAGUCGCAGGCUCAAUCUGCAACGACCCCUUCAUAGUUGCGCCAGAAGUCCCUCCCAUGGAGACAGGCGCAGCGAAAAACGGUGUUCCCAGACCGAAACUCACCACGAAGACGAAUAACUCUAGUGGUAUCCAAGGAGGUAUUACCAACGGGCAACCCAUCUAUUUACGUGUUGGAUUCAAUCCUCCUGCUACCAUCGGCCAGGCACAACAGACUGCUACCUAUGACGGUGAUUCAUCUGGGGUUUAG